GGUCGAGUACUGGGACGAAACGUACGCGGCGCACUCCCGGCCUUGGGACACCCUGUACGGCUACAGCGACAUCCGCCCCGUGCUGCUCGACUUCUGCCGGGCGGUCGGGAGGCCGCUGGGCUCCCAGCCGCGGGUGCUGCACGCGGGCUGCGGCACCUCCAACGUCGCCGAGGGGCUGUGGGGGGACGGUGCCGCGCCGCGGCGGACGCCGCCGCCGCCGAAACCGCUGCUGCGGCCUCGGCGGAAGCGGCAUCCAAGCCGGCAUCCUACAGUGAGCGGCUUGAAAAGGAACACUUGCUUUUCAAGAGGGGCUCGGUCGUUCCUUAGGUUUGCAG